CAAAAAACAUUGACAUUUAAAAUCAUAUUAUUUAAUUACUGUCAUUAAAUUUAAUAAUUAUUUCAGUAAUUUUUUAUUAAAUAAAAUUAUGAAAACUGUUAUUCAAAGAGUUACUAAAGCUUCAGUUACAGUUGAUGGAAAAGUGAUCAGCAGUAUUGGAAAUGGACUGUGUGUUCUUGUUGGAAUUAAAAAUGAUGAUACAAUUGAGGAUCUUGAUUACAUUGUCAGAAAAAUACUUAACUUGAAGAUAUUUGAUGGAGAAAAUGGAAAAAAAUGGUCAGCAAGUGUUAUGGACAAGCAGUAUGAAAUAUUGUGUAUAAGUCAAUUUACUCUUUAUCACACUCUGAAAGGAAAUAAACUUGAUUUUCAUCAAGCAAUGACUGCAUCAUUAGCAGAGCCUUUUUACAAUAAUUUUUUAUCUGAACUUGGUAAAAAAUACGAGCCAAAAUACAUUAAAGAUGGAAGGUUCGGAGCUAUGAUGAGUGUCAACAUUGAAAAUGAUGGACCAGUUACACUUGACAUUGAAUCAUCUGCAAAACGAAAAGUCUAGUCAUUACUAUUAAAUUAAUUUUACUUGAUAUGUAAAAAUUUAUUUGUUGAUUUUUCAAGAUGACAAUUAUUGUAUGUAAAUUAAUAUGAGAAUGUUGAAGUAACUCACAUCAAGUUUCUCUUUGACAAUAAUAAAUUUUAACUUGUCAAUUAU